AUGAAUUCGAUGUUCAGUGCCUUCGACGCCAUGUGUGCAGAGAUUAUGGGGAAGAAAGUCACGGCUGAUGCUUUCGUCUACCGCUGCUCUGAACGCAAAGCCGCUGCUCCUUCCGGCGGCGGUGGCGGCAGCGGUCAAACCGCAACGUCUUCUCUGAAGAAAGAUGAAAAAGCUGCAAUUUUUGCGACGAAGCAACCGAGGUUUGCUCUAGAGCUCGACGGGAUUCAUUGCUUCGAGACCAUUGUUCGUUCUUGA